GUGUCACAUGGAUACCGUUGCUUCGUGGAGAUUAGCUCAGUCAGCAGGUGCAUGUUAACACUUGUGGCAAUACGCAACUCAACACCCUGUUCUAGCCAUGGCGUCGUGGUGGUGCUCCUCCCUCUCCGCCACCGUCUCCGUCACAACAACCACCGCCACCACCACCACCCGCCGCUAUCCUCUAAUCUCUCACACUUCCCAAUUCCACACCAACCCAUUCCCACCUUCUCCCCCAUCCUCGCUCCGAUUCAGGCUUCCAUGCUCCAACAAAUCCACCGUAAAAGCCAGCAAACCACCCCCCUCCGGCACCGACGUGGAUUGCGUCGGAACAGGGCAAAACGCGGAGUGCACCGUCAACUUGGAACAACAAGACGGAAGCGCAAAGCAAGAAGAUGAGUCAUCGCCGGCGACGAUGCUGUGUCUCGCGGAAGGGCUUUGGGAAUUGGCGGUGCUGGUGUCGCCGUUCUUCUUCUGGGGUACCGCCAUGGUGGCCAUGAAGGAGGUGCUUCCGAAGUGCGGCCCGUUCUUCGUUUCGGCGUUUCGUCUCAUCCCUGCAGGGUUCCUUCUUGUUGGCUUUGCAGCUUCUAGAGGCAGGCCUUUACCCUCUGGUUUCAAUGCUUGGGUUUCCAUCUCGCUCUUCGCUCUCGUUGAUGCUACUUGCUUUCAGGGUUUUCUAGCAGAAGGGUUGCAGAAGACUUCAGCUGGUUUGGGCAGCGUUAUAAUUGAUUCACAGCCUUUGACAGUGGCUGUACUUGCAGUUUUGUUAUUUGGUGAGUCAAUUGGAGUUAUUGGAGCUGCUGGGCUUGUUCUUGGUGUCGUAGGACUUGUGCUGCUCGAGUUACCCGCCCUAUCAUUUGAUGAAAGCAACUUCUCAUUGUGGGGAAGUGGGGAGUGGUGGAUGCUUCUUGCAGCUCAGAGUAUGGCAGUUGGUACGGUCAUGGUUCGGUGGGUCUCUAAGUACUCUGAUCCUAUCAUGGCUACUGGAUGGCAUAUGGUUAUUGGUGGUCUCCCUCUUGUGGCAUUAGCAAUUUUUAACAAUGAUCCUGCUGUAAGUGGGACUCUUGAGUACAGCUCAAGUGAUAUAUUGGCACUCCUCUACACGUCCAUUUUUGGAAGCGCUGUUAGCUAUGGUGUGUUCUUUUACAGUGCAACAAAAGGUAGCUUGACUAAGCUCAGUUCACUGACAUUUUUGACACCAAUGUUCGCUUCAAUUUUUGGGUUUCUAUAUCUUGGUGAGACCUUCUCACCAAUACAACUAGUUGGGGCCACUGUUACGGUAGCUGCAAUAUACAUGGUUAACUCCAAAAACAGUUCAGAGUAAAUUAUAUAGCCACUUUUUUACCGGUUCUUUCAACAUAUUAACCCAGGGGAAAACAGUUGCUCGGGUGACUAGAAGCUUGUCAAGAACUCAAAUUGGGAGUGCUUUUAGCAAGUUUGGACAUGAAGAGAAAUUUGAGUGGUAUACAAUCUUGAGAACUUGUGGUCACGCUUUAUAAUGUAAAUACAAUUUUGAUUAGUUGUUACUUGUUAACUUAGGUUCGAGCAUUCACAGGCAUCAUAUAGCAGAAUCUUGUAAGUUACUUGGGUUGAAUAAGAGCCUUAUCAGGAAUACAUUGUUUCUGUGAAGGUUAUCUUUGUUGUAUAAAAUGACUUAGUGUUGUAUAAGUAUAAUGAAAGAAUAAGAAUGUAUAGAUUAUUUGUA